CUGGGACAGCCAACGAGACAGAAACGUGGACCAACCUCUGACACUUUUACGCACGGGGACUUUAUUCGGAAAAGUUGAGAAAAACGCAAGUGGCGAGUGACCCUUGACGCUUUUUUUUCAGUGUCUUGCAGCGGUGCGUUUGUAAGGAAAGGUGCUCUCGUCUCGGCUUGUGGUGGUGGAUGUUAAGGAGUGAGUGAAGGUGGUAGCGCACAGCCGGAGGAAUGUACCCAACUCGGAUAGAGACGAGCCCGUGUCGGCGGAGGAGAUGUCCAGUCGAUAUGCUUUGGAUCCCACUGCUCCUGCUAUGUGCCAUGGAGUUACGCGCGUCUGGGUCUGAUGUGCCCCAAGACCACAGUGUGUUGGCUGCUGCUUCUUGGAAUACCUCCAGUGAUGGGCCUUAUUUCAUCCGUCUAGAAGCUCCCAUGAACAACAUAACCACGUCUCUGGGCCAUACUGCUGAGCUUUUUUGUAGAGUAUCUGGCAACCCACUCCCCACAGUAAAAUGGCUGAAAAAUGACGCUCCAGUUGUACAAGAGCCACGCAGGGUGUCGUAUCGCUCCAUGCCGUACGGAUCAAGACUACGGAUACGCAAUCUGGAUACCACGGAUACGGGAUAUUUCCAGUGCGUGGCAACCAACAGUCACGGAACAGUGUCCACAACGGGCGUGCUGUUUGUCAAGUUUGAUCCUCUCCCUACACCUCUGCCAGGGCGUCCCACUGAUGAUUUUGACGAGGAGGGAUUCUGCCAGCCGUACCGGGGCAUCGCCUGUGCCCGCUUCAUUGGCAACCGCAGCAUCUAUGUGGACUCUCUACAGAUGCAGGGGGAGAUCGAGACUCAAAUCACAGCUGCCUUCACCAUGAUCGGCACCUCCAACCACUUAUCCGACCGCUGUUCCCAGUUUGCCAUCCCCUCCCUCUGCCACUUUGCCUUUCCGACGUGUGACCGCAGCUCGGGCACAGACAAACCCCGGGACCUGUGCAAAGACGAGUGUGAGAUCCUGGAGAAUGAUCUGUGUAAAACCGAGUACAUCAUCGCUCGCUCCAACCCCAUCAUCCUCAAGAGGCUCAAACUGCCCAACUGUGACGACCUGGCCGCGACCGACAGUCCCGAGGCCGCCAACUGUCUCAGGAUCGGUAUCCCCAUGGCAGAACCCAUCAACAAGAAUCACAAAUGCUACAACAGCAGUGGGGCAGAGUACCGUGGCACAGUCAGCAUGACCAAGUCUGGGCGCCAGUGUCAGCCCUGGAACUCGCAGUACCCCCACAGCCACACCUUCCUGGCGGUCCGCUACCCAGAGCUCAACGGGGGUCAUUCCUACUGCCGCAACCCCGGCAACAAGCACGAGGCCCCCUGGUGUUUCACUCUGGACGAGCGGGUCCGCAUGGAGCUCUGUGACAUCCCCAUCUGUGAUCAUAAGGAGAAGUCCGGCGGUGGCAGUAUGGAGAUUCUAUGGAUCCUGAUUCCCAGUGUGGCCAUUCCAUUGGCCAUCGCCCUGUUGUUUUUCUUCAUCUGUGUUUGUCGGAACAACCAGAAGAGCUCCAGACCUCCUCCUCCUCGACAGCCCAAACCAGUGCGCGGCCAGAACGUGGAGAUGUCCAUGCUCACAACACAGUUCAAACCAAAAAGUAAGGCCAAGGAGCUGCCUCUGUCUGCGGUGCGCUUCAUGGAGGAGCUGGGAGACUGUCCUCUGGGAAAAGUGUACAAAGGACACCUGUACCUGCCGGGCAUGGACCAGGCUCAGCUCGUGGCCAUCAAGACUCUCAAAGAUGUGUCCAAUGUGCAGCAGUGGGGAGAGUUCCAGAAGGAGGCGUCUGUGCUGACAGAGCUGCAGCACCCAAACAUGGUGUGUCUGCUGGGGGUGGUGACGCAGGAGCAGCCAGUCUGUAUGCUCUUUGAGUUCCUGCCUCAGGGAGACCUCCAUGAGUUCCUCAUCAUGCGCUCUCCUCACUCUGAUGUGGGCUGCAGCAGCGACGAGGACGGAACAGUCAAGUCCAGCCUGGAUCAUGGGGACUUCCUACAUAUGGCUUCACAGGUCGCUGCUGGGAUGGAGUACCUGUCCAGUCACUCUUUUGUCCACAAGGAUCUUGCAGCUCGGAACAUCUUGGUUGGAGAACAGCUCCAUGUGAAGAUAUCAGACCUGGGUCUGUCCAGAGAGAUCUACUCUUCAGAUUACUACCUCCUCCAGCCUAAGACCCUCCUGCCCAUCCGCUGGAUGCCCCCUGAGGCCAUCGCCUAUGGCAAGUUCACCACCGAGUCAGACAUCUGGUCCUUUGGGGUGGUGCUCUGGGAGGUCUUCAGUUAUGGCCUGCAGCCAUACUACGGCUUUUCCAACCAGGAAGUGAUGGAGAUGGUGAGGAAGCGGCAGCUGCUGCCCUGUCCAGAGGACUGUCCACCCAGGUUUUAUGGCCUUAUGACCGAGUGCUGGCAGGAGGGACCAGCCCGACGCCCUCGCUUUAAGGACAUCCACGCUCGUCUCAGGGCCUGGGAGGGCCUGUCCUCUCAUGCCAGCUCCAGCACGCCCUCUGGUGGAGGGGGGAAUGCCACCACACAGACCACCUCUUUGAGUGCCAGCCCUGUGAGCAACCUGAGUAACCCCCGUUACGCAGCAGCUCCAGGGGCCUAUCUGUACCCAGCCCAGGCCAUCCCUGCCCCAGGGCAGAUGGCUCCUCUUCAGGCCUGGACUCCCAUGGCAGUGCCUCAAACACACCAGCGCUUCAUCCCUGUAAAUGGAUACCCCAUCCCCCCGGGAUACGCAGCCUUUCCUGCCCACUUUGCCCCCCCUGCCCCACCCAGAGUCAUCCAACACCACCUGCCCCCUCCCAAGAGCCGCUCCCCCAGCAGCGCCAGCGGCUCCACCAGCACAGGCCACGUGAGCGGGGUUCCCUCCACCACAGGCUCCAACCAUGAUGCCAACACUCCCCUCCUGUCCCACUGCAUCAUGCCAGGCAGCGGUGGGGCGCCACAAAUGUACGGACAAGUAUCCCAGAAGGCAGUGGGGCAACUGGACCAUACACAAACAUCUGCCCUGCUGUCCGGAGACUCUGACAUAAUCAUGUACAACGACAAUGUGAUCACAGCUGACCUGUAGAGGGCGACAGAGGGAGGACUCAUUUUCACUAUGGGACCAGUACAGACACACAGGACCACUACCAGUGUGAGACUCACUGCCCUGGUCUGAACAUGUAUUUUAACCUCUGUAAAUAUGGUACAUAUGGCUCCUAUGAUCUUGUGAAUGGAAUGCAUAAGUAUAUAUUCAAAAGAAUGUUUUAUUGUAUGAAAUGUAUCAUUUGAUAACCCCCAUUUCCUGUUUCGAUCCAGUGACCCACACAGUCAAGUUUGAUAAAGACUUUUCUUAUACAGGGUUACAUAACGCCACAGAAGGCUUAUUUGUACUUUAACUGUCAAUAACCACAUUUCUUUUUGGACAUGACAACUGAAUGUUUUGGAUAUUUACAAACUGUUAGUAACGUAGAGUUGAGGUUGGUCAUUUUAUGCUUGGAUGCACAACCCUGGAGUGCCUUUGCUUCGUGUGGAUCUGAUCUGCCUCUUCAGUGCUGGAAUCACGAGCUCCACAGUUUAACACAAUCGCCACAUUAUCCUGGGGCCUCACCAACAGCUGUCCCACUCAGACUUCACCCACCAAUUUACUGGUCUAUUGUUCACAAAAGAAUAUCAUUGUAUUUUAAUUGUUUUCAAAAGGGUGUUCCGUGUAUGCAUUUUGAAGGAUUUUAAUUAACAUUUUAUUGUGCUUUUCUGCCCCUGUGAAAAAACAAGAAUUCAACAUGUACUACCUAAAUUAGCUUAUUUUGUUUAAUUUUAUUUUGGGGAUUUUUUUUCCUGUUUUUGAAAGAACCUUUAAAAUGUAUUUAAUUUAUUUUGUAUGCCCACUUAGUAAAAAAGAUCCACUUCCUGAACUGUGCUGAAGUUUGAUGUGAAACAGGGACAUUAGGCAAAAGCCACAUCCUUGCCACAUAAUGUGUCUUUACUCUGCCUUGAAUGGUUGAACAACAUUAUGUUAAACCAUAAGCUUUAUUGAAUCGAUAAAAGAUGCUUUGUUUAGGCUUAUUUAGUGUUGAAAUCGAGUUUCCCAUUCACGAAUAAAGCAGUUGUCUCACUGAGGAUAACCUGUAAUUUAAAGAAUAUAAUACAUGUUUAGUUUAUGUUCCUUACACUCUUAAGAAUUCAUUUAGAUCAGUCUGAAUACUGUAAACAAUACAGUAGAGUUAUAUGUGUAAUACUUAAUGUUUCAUUUUUUUAGGGAGCAAUACUCAUUUCAAUCUCAUUGACUUGUUUGACUGCUCUUGUACCAUAUGUCAGAGCACGUCUCUAUUGAAAAUGCCUUUUGUGCAGUUUUCUAUGUGUAUGAAGCAGCCUGAGCUACCUAUAAACAAUGAUGAGACCCCCUUUAUGCAAAGAACAACAACCACUUGGACACAAGGCUGUGAAACUAAAAUAAUGGAAUUUAGUUUUUCAUCUGUAUCAGACAGUGUAGGUACAUUAUUACCUUAAGUAAAUGUAGUUCAAAGUCUCAAACACACGUUGUUUAGUGGUUCAUAGAGACCACCACGGAAGGUUUACACAAGUAUUCCUUUGACCCAGA